AUGGCACAGCAACCUGCUAUACCACCGCCGGUAGGGCAGACUUCCAACUUUGCGCAUCCUAAGGAUGUAUUGCACACAGUGAACCUCGCGACCCAAGUGCUGUGUAUCAUAGUUGUCACGAUAUUUGUGGUGAUACGAAUAUGGAUCAAAGCUAAAUAUCAUAAAAGCCUCAACGCAGAAGACUUUGCUGGAUGGGUGUUAUUCAUGGGGUUUUGCGCAUGCAUGCUUAUACUCAAUUCCUACGGCGGUGGAUACAAUGCUUGGGAUGUCCCUGAAACCCAGUUCAUCAAGUUUGAAAAAGCCUCCUACGCGACUACGCUGAUUUAUGUCCCGAUGGUGUUCGUAAUCAAGAUCGCCCUCCUAUCAGUCAUGGGGAGAGUUUUCGCUCCGGACCGCCGGAAGGUUAAAGUCAUAUACAUUAGCAUUGGCGUCAUGCUGUGCUACUACCUCCCAGCACUGUUCAUCAAGAUAUUCUUCUGUGUCCCUAUCUCGGCGUACUGGUUUGGUACUUCCAAUGGUGGCAAGUGUCUCGACCAGCGCAAGGUGAUUAUUGCCGACUCAGUCAUCAGCAUCGCCGGUGACUUAUGGAUUCUAUUCUUGCCUGUUCCAUUGAUCUGGUCACUUCAGAUGACAUCGGCCAAGAAAAUGCGAGUCGUCGGAAUUCUGGGUGCCGGGGGACUUGCUACGGGGUUCAGUAUCUGGCGACUUGUGAUCAUGGUGGUUGAAAGCAAGACGACAAACACGACGUGGUUCUGGAUCCACUGUGUUUUGACCGCCAACGCCGAAGCCGGCAUCGGGCUAAUCUGUGCCUGUCUACCUGCGAUGAACCAUUUCUUCACUACAAUGAAAAACACCAGAAACAACACCGGCGACAGCGGCUAUUUGAAAAGUCAUGAACUCGAAAGCUGGCAAAAACAUUCCAAUCGCUCCGCCCAGAAAAACCCGGAAAACUUCUUCCUACCUAACCAAAACGAUCAAGCGCAUCUUAUUUCCACUGCCGCUGGUCCCGAACACCGUGAGAACUCCGUUUCCAGCCUACGCUCCGAGUCACCUACCGCCAAGGAGGGAAUUAGCAAGAACAUUACUGUGUCGCAAGUUUUCGAGGUUGUAACAUAA